CUGAAGCGGCUGAUGUGAUUGCGAUAUAUUUAAACUAGCCAGACGGUAUUUGGGUUCUACCGUGUAUAUUUUUUAUCCACGAAUCCGCAACACCAUUUUUGAGGAUUCUUCUUUUUUUUUUGUCCGUUCAUCAUUUUCAACAAGCAUAGAAACUCUCUGCCGUUGAAAUAUUUGUUCGACGGCAAGGCCUGAACAAAUCUAACUAAAAUGAUGGCAAAAGAUCCACUUGCCGAAGUGAAAUCGAAGUCUUUCGAUUCGGGCAAACGUAAAUCAACGCACAUUUGCGAGCUUUCUCGGGGCUCGGACAGUAACCUGUUAAAACUGCAACCGACAGCGCCACUUCGUUCGAGGUUAAAGCGGCUCUUCCAGAAAAGCAUCAUCGUUACAGAAAAGCAUCCAGCAACGCGUUUCUAUCUCCGAAGUCACGCGGCAGUCUCUUUUGAAAAGAAACGCCACGGACGAUCGCCCAACUGGUGGGUCAUCCAUCCUUGCAGUUCCGUCAGAUUCGGGUGGGAAAUCGUCAUGUGCAUAACCUACCUCUUCUGCUUUAUCGGCAUUCCGUACUUCUCCGCGUUUUACAUGCUGAACACCAGUACAUAUCAUUGGAAAGAGUCGAUACUCGUUCCCGGCUACGUUGUUUGCAUCGUCGAUAUUUUCCUGAACUUCAUUACGGGAUACACAUCAUCUAAUAGCCACGAAAUAUUUCUCGACCCUGGAGUUAUAGCAAGUCAUUACACCCGAGGAUACUUUCUGAUUGACUUGCUUACUUCCAUCCCGUACAGUUGGAUUCUUCAGGAUUACCACUCGAUGCCUGGUCCCACAAGCAAAAAUUCCAACUUCGCAACAAUCAUGAUUGAGCUGUUGCCAUUGCUGAAGCUACUGCGACUCCGCACUCUGUACAACUUCCUAAUGCAAUUUUGGCAGGUCCUCGGCAUCGGCCACAACGUCGCCGUCUCACUUUGGAUUGCUCUUCUAACCGCAUUGAUUUUUCACUGGGCAGCCUGUUUCACCUACGGAUUUCCAUUCGUCCUCAUGCAUGCAACGGGAUCCCGAAUCGAGGAUUCGGAUACAUGGUUUAAUUACAUAACGGACCUAGAGGAUCACUCAGCAGAUCAAUACAGACUAUAUCAGUUAAGUUUCUACAACGGGCUAACAGGUCUAUGCGCCAUAGACUCGACUAUUGUGGCUGAUACUAAAGAACACAACACCGGAGAGACGAUAGGAGAUAAAAUUGUCACCUGCGUGCUGCUCCUUUUUGGAACCCUUUACCAAUUGUAUCUAAUCGUGGUCAUCCUGCAAUGGGUGGAGUCAGAGAAUGCGCCAGAAACGAGGUACCAGCAGAUUAGGAAUAGUCUGAGACUCUACAUUCGUAAAAAACAAGUUCCGCCCAGUCUCGAAAGAAAACUGCUAGACUACUACCAAUACUCAUUUCGCGAUAAGUGCUUCAAGGAAAACGCAAUCGUCAGUGCCUUUUCAGACCAUUUGAAGGAUGAAAUCGUGAUGCACACCUGCCGGCAGCUGAUGGAUAGCGUCGCGAUAUUCUGGAACGUGCCAAAGCUACUAGUUGGGAGCAUAAUCACCGCUUUGAAACCAGAGAUUUUUCUAUCGAAUGAAAUCAUAUUCAAAUGCGAUGACGAGGGAAACUGCAUGUACUUCAUAGGAAGUGGGACGCUAGCCGUGAUUACGUACACUGGAAAAGAGAUAUGUCACCUCGAGGACGGAGCUCACUUCGGUGAGUCCUCGCUGCUUUAUCCAGGCUUCAGGCGACCGGUGACAGUGAUCGCGCUUGAAAAGUGCGAGCUAUUCAAGUUGGAACGUAAGGAUUUCAACAGGCUCAUACCAACCAACUCGGACCUCCAUCAGCGGAUGCGAAGGGCGGUUAAAGAACAGAUGGCAAUUGUCGUGCAAAUAGAGAACGAUGCCACGCUCAACCGCGGAAAUGACUUAGAAAACUGGACCUCAAAUCUUCGCAUGGAGUCCAGCAGUGAGAAGCCGAAGAAUCCCGAAGACUGACCGUGAAAAAAUCCAGGUUAAAAUUUCUUUUUUCCAAAGAAAAAGGGAGUGGAAAGUGAUGCAGAUCAAACCAGGCAGAUGAAGUUUACGAAUGAGCAUUGUAAAAAAAGAAGCAACUUAUAUUAGGAACACGUCCACAUACUCGUAGUUACCUACUUAUCAAUUAUAAUACAUAAUCGCGAAUACAGUUAGUAGUUGGUUUAGUCUAGUAUACGAACAAGUAUAACAGUGGAUAGGUGCAGCGAAACAGUUUGAUUAUUCUCGUUUUGUUGUACUUUUCGUCGACUCGUUGGACGAAUAAAGUGCCUAAAGCCCCCU